ACUCUUUCAACAUUCAUCGGCCUGACAAUACGGCUGCCAGCUAGCUGAGAGCCAAAGCACUCAAGUCCGGAGCAGUAACCACACGGGCACACGACAACGCGCAGCAGUGCGCAAGUGAUACUUAGCGAUGGCCUGGGACCCGGUCGACGCCGCGCGAGCGCAGUGGCGCCGGCUGCGCAUAGAUGCGAGGGAUGCCAAGGUGGCAACCGGAGCAGCCUGCGUGGGCCUUGGCCUGGGCAUGUUGAUGGCCGGCGCCCGCGACCGGCGCGCGCUGCGACGCCUCACGGCGGUGGUCAAGACCGCCGAGGCCGACGCCGACGCGGCGCGGCGGACGGCGGCCCGCGACGUCGCCGAGGCGAAGCGGUUCGGCGCGCAAAAGGUCGCGGCGUCGUUCUUCGGCGUCGCGGACUCGCUGGCGCUCGCACGGCAAAGCUCCGCGGACACGGCGGCCUACGACGCAUUGGACGCGCAGCUCCACGCGGCGCUCGCCGCAAAUAACGUCACCCCGUUCGCGCCGGAGCCCGGCGACGCGUUCGACCCGGCGACCAUGGAGGCGCUCCGGGCCUUGUCUCCGCCCUCGGGACCGCCGGUCGUCGCGGAAGUGCUCCAGCGCGGCUACACGAUGCACGACCGCGUCGUCCGCGCCGCGGCGGUCGUGACGAGGGAUGCGGAGGUGUCUUCUUCUUCUUCUUCUUAAUUGUUGUGA